AUGGCGGCGAUAAAUGGGACGACUAGUGAGUCCCUAAACGAGAUAAAAAUGCACCGACAAGCCCAAGUUGGAGAGCGUUCCGUCGCUUGAUAAAAUAUAAAAGUUAAGGAAAAAAGAGACAAAAAGAAACCGGAAUGUGAAACCGAGAGAUUGGGGGACGAACUAGACGACGUGAGUGAACGAGUCAAAGAGCCCAGCUCUUAACAGGACAGCCGAGAACAAUGGUCAACAUCUUCUCUUCUUGAAAAGGAACGGACACCAAAUAAAAUCUAAGCGCAGGCACACAAAAGGCGAAAAUGCAACAACAACAACAACAACAGUGGUGGUGACCGCCAGGGGGAGGAGUGGCCGCCCCUUUGGCUGCCGUAAACGUAAAUGCGGCGCUGCAUACAGAGCGGCAGCGGUGGCGGGCAAUGGAAACCUCCAGCUGCGUGCCAGUUGUGAACCGUCCGCGAUCGUCUCUCCCCGCACUUGUGUGUCUCUUCCCCCCCAUCCCCGUCCAUGUAUAACUUGGUUUCUUUUUCUCUUCUCAAACAUUUCUGACUUUGGGACGACGGUCGGGAGUCUUUCUUGGUCCUUGGGCGGGGAAACAUCAACCGACCACAAGCUCUCCCCCCUUUAGCAAUAAAAAAACGACCGCGGGAGGGACCGUUCAAGCCCCGCAUCGACUCGUUUCCGUUUUGUCGAGAGCUCUCGAGUUUCGUCGUCUUUUCUUGAUUCGUUUUCGGCAUUGUUGAUCGGCAGCUCGUGAGGGAAUGUCGUGCGGGACGGCUCCGAAACAACAGUAGCGCAAAAAAAGAAGAAAAAGAAAACCAACAAAGUUUCGUGUGAUGGCGUUUUGGAUAGAUGAGUGGCACCUGCCUCGAAAUCAUCAUCGUCGCUACUUACGCCUGUCAUAAGUCAAACAGGAAAAAGAAGAAGAACAAGAAGAACAAGUCAAGGCAUUUCUUGAUUGCCCAACUGACAGACAGACAAGUGCAGCGGGGGUUUUAUUUUCCCUAUUUGAUUCAAGUCAUCCUUAAACGACGAAGGUUUAUUUGAUUUGAAAAAAUAUAACCGGCAACUUCUUAUCUUAUUCUCCCGUCCGUCGGGUUGCACAAGUGAACUUUCCCGCGCGAAAUCUCAUUGACCACCCGAACGAUAUGCAAAUCAUCUAGGACCCAGAAAUUUCUCCCAAAAAAUUAUUUCGUCUAAAAGUGAUUCAGCUUCCCUUUUUCGAUCGACUUUCACCGGAUUUUCUUUUGAAAAAUUCCCGAAAAAAUUCCCCGAAAUUAUAAGAAGCUUUUUUCCUUUUGAACUUAAAUUUGGGAAAUUUGGUUGAGGCCCGAGUGAAGUGUCCCGUCAUAUCCCUGGAGAGACCCACCGGGAUCAUCCAUCAUCGCGUGAACUAGUGCGCGUCUUUCAAAUCUUCUAAAGGCGGGAUCAAAUUUGAGGUGUGAGAGGAACGUUUUAAGUUUCUCUCUCAAAGAAAUUCUUUAUUUAAAAAUAUUAAAAGAAAUUCGUGAACUAGGGAUGAGAAAUAUCUCAGAGUUCUUUUAAAAAUAAAAAGAAGAAGCAGACAAAUUAAACCGCUGGAUAUUUCAACUGGGUCGGCACCAACCAAGUCCCGACUCCCGACUAGUUUAUAUUUUUUCUUUCUUUUUUUAAAACAAGGCAACAACAGGAAGCCCCAGAUAAAAAUAAAUUGCUCUGUUUUUUUCCCCCUUCUUCUCUCCCCCCCUAUCUCCAAACUACUACUCAUCUUCACUUCUUGUUUCGACUUUUGUGUGUUAAAACACACGAACGAAAAAGGGAAGAAAAUCAAAUAGCACAAGAGGUGAAAUUUCACGGCUUUGGAACUCACAUGUCGGAGGACCCUAGUCGACUUUUGACGUUUGGUGUGUGGGAAAACUCAAAAUCUAUGGGCAUCAUCUCGUGUUGAAUUGUCAAGUCAAACUGGUGGUGGACGAAAAAUUCCAGCACCGUGACAGACGACUGACAUUAAAGUGUGCGUCUCUCAAGGUAGUGGAGAUCGGGAGAGAAAAAAAAGGGCGGCGAGUGAGAGUUGUAAUAUCGUCACAUUCCUACGCGAUUCGCAACAAUGGAGCCGGCGGCAAGUAGUGGUAUGAGCGGGAUUCGUGGCACGCAGCGACCGCGUAGCUUGUGCGACAGUAAAUUAUUGUCCGUGACUCCUCACGGUCUGCAUCACCAUCACUCGGUGCAACAACAAUCUAGCGGAGACCAGCAGCAGCAGCAGCAGCUAGUGGUCAAACGGCCACCUCCUCCGCUCCCGCUGAGCCCGCCCCGUGCUGAGCCAUCAAAGUACCGAGGAUCGUGGCCCAGCAUGAUCUACUACGGAGGCGGCCACGACCAACUGCAACAAGACGCCGACGCUUUCGUCCGGUUAGAACAGCAGAAAAGAGCACCGAGCAUGGCGGGACUGAUGAACACGACAGUGCCACAGCGAUUGGUAGUCCGGCCGCCCAGUCUCAGGAACUCGGGACCCCGUCACACGCCCACCCGCAAUUCCUUGCGUCACAGUCGGAUGAUUUGCCUCAGCCAACAACAACAAGGAAAAGUGCCUCGCAAGUACUUGCCUCCAGUGAUACAUCACUAUCGGAUGGGUUCCACUCUGGUGGUGAUACAAGUUCUACUGGGAUCCGUUUUACUCGCAUUGGGUUUUCACCUGCUACAUUGGUCGCCUCAGCUUAACAUCAGAGACAUCCCUCAUUGGAGCGGCAUUCCGGUGAUGUUAUCCGGCAUCUUUGGCCUAUUUCUCUUGUGUUGCUGCCGGAAGCAAUAUCCAGGGAUGCGUGGCGGCUGUUGCGUUUUCGUCGUCAGAGUCCAAUACAUUAUAUGCAACGCGUGUUUAGCGAUGUUGGCGACGGCGGCCUGCGUCUGCGCCUGUGUUUUCGCCAGCGUUCACGUCUCCCAGCUCGUGACGAUGGAAUGUCAAUCGCCAACGGUGAACGCCACUCUUCUCGUGGGAACUGCAGAGUUUCAACUCAACUCGACCUGCCUCUGCAUAGGUGGUGAACGACAGGACGAAGUGUUCACAUACGAUCCGCUCUCUUGCUCCGAAGUGUUGCAGGUUCUACCCAUUUACCUCACGGCCUCGGCCGUCACCAACGGUCUGGCUGUGUUGGUUUCUAGCUGGUACAUCGUUCUCCUGUGGAGCAAUCGGUUUGCAUACACUUACGCUGGUCUCAAGCUUUCGGAAUUCAAUGCUAAUACGGCCAUGCCAAGUUUAUAUCAGUAAGAAAAUAAUUAGUACAUUUUGUCAUUUGCCCAAAACUUGUCAACUUGUUAUACUCUUGAACUCAAUAAUAAAUGUUUUCCAUGCUAAA